AUGAGAAAUAACACACCAGUAACUACAUUCAUCCUCUUGGGACUAACAGAAGAUCCACAGCUAAAUAUUUUUAUUUUUAUAUUUCUACUUAUCACCUACAUGUUGAGCGUUAGUGGAAACCUGAUCAUCAUCAUUCUCACAUUUGUGGAUUCUCACCUUAAAACCGCCAUGUACUAUUUUCUGCAAAACUUUUCCUUCUUAGAAAUCUCAUUCACAUCUCUCUGUAUUCCUAGAUUCUUAUAUAAUAUAGUAUCAGGUGACAGAACCAUUUCAUAUAAUGCUUGUGCAUGCCAACUAUUUUUUACAUACUUAUUUGGAAUAGUCGAAUUUUUUCUUCUGGCAACUAUGUCUUAUGAUCGUUAUGUAGCCAUCUGCAAACCCCUUCAUUAUGUGACUAUCAUGAAUCAGUCAGUCUGCAAAAGACUUAUCUCUGGCUGUUGGAUAAUUACGCUGUUGCUCUUGUUCCCACCACUUGGAUUUGGACUGACACUGGAAUUUUGUGACUCUGAAAUUGACCAUUAUUUUUGUGAUGUUAAUCCUCUCCUGAAGAUAUCGUGCUCUGAUACAGAGUUCUUGGAGAAGAUGGUUCUUUUCUGUUGUGCAUUUAUCCUACUAGUGACACUUGCAUUUGUGGUUUGGUCCUAUGCGAGUAUAAUUCACACUAUUCUUGGGUUCCCCUCAGCUCAGCAAAAGAAAAAAGCAUUUUCCACCUGUUCCUCCCACAUUAUAGUGGUUUCCAUAACUUAUGGCAGCUGUAUCUUUAUCUACAUCAAAACUUCACCUAAAGAUAAAAUGGCCACUAAUAAAGGAGUGUCCUUAUUAGCUACUUCCAUCUCCCCCAUGUUAAACCCAUUUAUUUAUACCUUGAGGAACAAACAAGUAAAACAAGCCUUAACUGACUUGGUAAAUAAAUUAUUACUUUUGGGAUCACAGAGAUAUCACAAGAGUUAA